AUGGCUCUAUCGAAAAAUGCAAUUUCAAUUGAUGUAAUCCAAUCAAUAACGGACAUAAAUAAUUUAUCAUUUGUUGCUGGAAGUACAACCGAAAAACAAGCAUAUGCUCGACAUUACGCUCAACAAAGUGUUCAAGAUAUUGAUAUUAUUGUUAUUCAAGGUCGUAUUAAUUCCGAAAAAGCUCUUAUUAAAACAGAUAUUCCUGGUUUCAAACAAAUUCGAUUUCAUUUUGUAGAACAAUUAGGAAGUCUAUCACGUUUAAUCCCAACAUUAAAUUCUAAUGGAGAAACAUGUCUUAAUGGUUUACAAAUGAAAGAAUAUCAUCGUCAAAAUAUAAUAGGUGCUAGCACAGUAGGAGCUCUAGCUAUGGUUACAACUCAAGCCAAAACAGAUUCUGCCGCAGCUUCUGUUGCUGUUACACAACAACAUGAUUCAUUAUCAUUAGCCAAGGAUUUUUCUGAAAUAUUGUUGAAACUUUCAUCUCGUGAACAACCUUUAUCGGUUAAUUUACUAAAAGAACGUGUAAAUAAAUUUUGUCAUGGUUAUCUGGAUUCCAUUCGUCGUUAUGUAUUACCAUUAAUUGUAAAUGAGCAUACACAACAAAUAGCAGAUAAAUGGAAUUUAAAUAAACAAUGUUUUUCUAGUUUAUUAAGUAUGAAUGGCCCUUUUUAUGGUUAUCGUUUACCUGAUAAAUUAAAACAACAAUUAGAAUUAAUAUUAAAUUUUUAUGAAAAACAUAAACAUUUAUCGACUUCAUUAAUAUUAAAAGAAGAAAUUGAUUAUUUAAAGAAUUGUAUACCAAAUGAGAUGGAUAUUGUUCCAGCUAUACAAAUAAAAGAUUUUUGGUCGGAUGAUGUUCAAUGGUUUCUUGAUCGUUUAAAAAACGAUCGUCCUGAUUUAUAUGAGAAAUUAAUUCCAAAUGCGUCAAUGCAUCUUAUUGCUAAAUGGCCAAGAAAAACUUCAAAUCAGGAUGAACAACUCGGAUUUCGUUAUUCAUUUUCAACUCUUGAACGAAUGCUUGCACAACAAAGGACUGAUAAUGAACAAAUAUUAAAUGGCAUUGCACGAUCUAUUUAUUAUCGUUACUUAAAAUCAUCAGAAAAUUUGAUUCCAUCUUAUUUUGUUAAAACAACUGUUUUAUGGAUGUGUGAAACAAUGUCAGAUGUAAUCAAUAAUAUUUGUGACGAUACAACAGAAUUAAUAGCAGAACAACUUGCUUUUGAAUGGGUAAAAUUUGCUCAAAAACAAUUAAAAGAUGGAUAUGCACCACAUUAUUUUAUUAAAAAUGUUAAUUUACUUGAACCUUAUAAACCUGAUUUAUUAAAUAAAGCAUCAGAAAUUCUUGAGAAUAUUCAUUUAAAAGAAACAAUCGAAAUAGAAUUUAUGAAAAAACGAAAACAAAUGGUUGAAAAUCUAAAUAGGCAAAAGGAGAAAUUUUUGAGAGA